AUGAACUUUGCCGAUCUGAUACAUCGUAUUGACGAAAACAGCAAGAAAAUAGUCAAUAAGAUCAUAAAAACACAAACAAAGCUUUCGAAAUGUGAAAGUGCUAUUACGUUUAAUGGUCUUUGUCUAAAAGAAGAUUUAUUGCCGAAGUUUACAAACAUAAGAUUACACGACCCGGCAGCCAAGAACGAAGCAUUUACGAAAGACUUUAGAAAGAAACUUGUCGAAGAGCAAUUGAGGAAAAAGGAAUCUCUCCGCUCUCAAAUACAAGACAAGUUAAGCAACUUAUAUACUGAACUAAACAACAGAAACUUAGAAGCCAGCAUCAAAGAAGAGUUACUGAAAUGUCUAGAUGAGAAAGCUGAAAACUGUAACCAUGCAAAUAAGGCUAAGAUAGCAAAGAAACUGUCGAAUAUCUAUGGGGGCACUUUCAACUUACCGCUACAAAAACAAGGGUACGUCAAUUUGUCAUCAAUUGAACUGACGAAUGAACAGCAUAAUUUCCUUAAUUUGGGCCUGAACUGUCACAUUCAGUCAAAAAGGAAAGGAAUCGACAAGAAAACUGAACUAGAAGUUUUAUACCAGGACAUUCUUCAGCUUGAAAAGAAUGAGAAAGUCGUAAUCAAGGGUGAUCUGAAGGGCGAACUCAUAGGAGAAGGCAACAAACUGAGAGGCAACUCGAACAGCAAGCUACUAACGAAAGAACUGAAGGAAGCCGCAAAGCAGUUAAGAGACAACGAUAAGAUCAUCAUCAGAAGAGCCGACAAGUCUCCAAUUUUCGUGAUACUCGAUAAGGAAGAGUACCUUCGCAAGCUAAGUGGUAUUCUUUCUGAUACAACCAAGUUCCAAAAGAUAAAAGAAGACCCUACCAAGAAACUGAAAGCAAAGGUCAAUCGUGACAUUAAAAGUGCCAACGCAGUGAUUGAUGGUGUCCAUUUUCAAACUAUUGUCGGUGAAUUUACCCCAGGAUACCUUUACGGCACGGUAAAAACACACAAGAACGGCAACCCUCUGAGGCCCAUCAUAUCACAGUUUGUGGUGGGGCUUAAAUAAAUGCACGCUCAAGAGAUAUUGAUCUUUGUGAAUUGAACAUUGGUAGCAGAGCGUGGUUACAAGAUGGCAUCUAGAGAUUUCAAAGCCCCACCACCUAUGCGUCAAGAUUUGCCAUAUUCAGAGUGGAAGCAUGAGAUCAAAGUGUGGAAAGCUUUCACUAGCUUGGAGAAGUCCAAGUUGGGACCAGCACUGUUCCUGUCCUUAAGUGGAUCUGCCAGAGAUGCAGCCCGUGAGGUGUCAAUAGAGAUUCUGAACAGUGAUACUGGACUUGAUGCUCUCAUAGAGAAGUUGGACGAGUUGUUCUUGAAAGAUGAGAACAAUGCAGCCUUUGAGGCAUAUGAUGCGUUCGAGAGAUAUGAGCGACCAUCUGGCAUGUCUGUGUUUGAGUACAUCAACACAUUUGAAAGACUGUAUCAGAAGGCAAAGCACUACAAGCUGGAGUUGCCUGAUGGUGUUCUAGCGUACAGACUCAUUCGCAGUGCUAACCUUUCAGAUGCACAUCAACAGCUAGCAAGGGCAACUCUGCCGUCGCUCACAUAUGCAAACAUGCAAACCCAGCUGAAGAAGAUCUUCACAGACAGUAGUUCUCAGGGUGUGCCGUCAGCGAGAGUGGCAGUAAAAGUCGAGCCCGUGGAUACAGUCGCAGAACCAGGGCUCGGCCAGGCGGCCGACACUCUCUUCGUUCAGCGAGGCAGAGCACAGAGUGUCGGACGAGGUUUCAACCGAAGAGGACGAAGUGGUGGACCGCGCUUCGCCUCACGACCGCCUCUGCGUGGCAGUGGGACUACCUGGACUUCACGUGGCGGCUCGAGAGAUCCUGGAUCUGCUGGACAAUCCGCCAACCAGCGCACAAGGGCUAGAUCUAGGCAGAAUCCACGGGAUUUAAGGGGUAAUGUGACCACCUGUGCAGUGUGCAACUCUUGGUUUCACUGGGCCAGAGAUUGCCCCGAUCGCGGUGAGGUGUUCGAGGCGUCUGCUUGUGACGAUGAUAGCCAUGACCCCACACAGGACGAGGAGGUAUUCGUGACGUUGUUUGCGAGGGAUACAUGUGAAAGUGGACCAACUGAACGUUCAAAGACGGAGGGACUGCUGGGCGAAACACUAGGCUAUGGUAUCAUCGAUAGUGGAUGUAGUAAGACCGUGUGUGGUGAGGUGUGGUACAAAUGUCACUUGGAUGCCAUGUCUUCAGAUGACGCGGAGCGAGUGGUAGAGGAGCCCAGCAGCACAACGUUUAGAUUUGGGGAUGGUGAGAAGGUUACUUCUCUAAAGAAAGUAACGUUUCCAGCACUGGUAGCCGGUAAGACGGUGCGCGUGGCUGCUGAUGUGGUUCCCUAUGAGAUACCUUUACUCCUCAGCAAGGAGUCGCUGAAGAAGUGUGAUGCGCUGCUAGAUUUUUCCCGAGACACGGCGGUACUGUUUGACACUGAGGUCAAGCUAUCUGUGACCUCAAAUGGCCACUACAUAGUACCUGUGGCGAAGUUUCAUGUCGGUAGUGUGAGUGCCAGGCAGGACAUAGAGCAGGUACUUUUUUGUUCAAAGUUUGAGGGUGCCAACGAGAAGGAGCGCAUGCAAAUAGCUAGGAAGUUGCAUCGUCAGUUCGGUCAUCCUAGGAGUGUGAAACUGCAGUCCCUGUGUCUUGAUGCUGGCGUCCAGGACAAGGAUUUCUUUCGCAUGCUUGUCUCAGUGGAGGAAACCUGUGAUGUAUGUAAGAGGUAUAGGAGAUGUCUGCCCCGACCAGUGGUUGGUUUUGGGAUGGCUCGCGACUUCAAUGAUGUCGUUGCGCUGGAUCUAAAGCAGUGGGGACCUGGAGUAUGGUUUUGCCACAUGAUAGAUCUGGCCACGAGGUACAGUGCGUGCGUGGUAGUGAAAAACAAAGACAAGCAAACGAUCCUGCGUGCAAUCAUGACUGAGUGGAUAGCUAGGUUCGGGGCACCCGGUCAGUUCUUGUCUGAUAAUGGAGGUGAGUUCAACAAUGAAGAGUUCCGAGAGAUGGCCGAGGCGUUCAACAUACGCGUGCGGACUACUGCUGCAGAAUCCCCUUGGUCGAAUGGGAUCAAUGAGAAGUACAACGGUAUCAUCGCCAGCACAGUGAAGAAGGUGAUGGAUGACACUCCAUGCUCUCUCGAGGUUGCUCUGGCUUGGGCUGUGUCAGCCAAGAACUCUCUUGAGACUCACCUGGGAUUCAGUCCUAAUCAGCUUGUGUUUGGGCGAAAUCCGAACAACCCGGCGUGUCUCCAUGACAAACCUCCGGCUCUGGGACCUCCUUCCGGAAGUGAUUUGGUGAGGACACACCUGAACGCCAUGCAUUCUGCCAGGCAGACGUUCAUUCAGAACGAGUCGAGCGAGAAGUUGCAGAGAGCACUUCUUCACCAGGUCCGUCCCAGUGGUGAGAGGUUUUGCUCGGGUGAUGUCGUCCUGUACCGACGUCACCAAGAUGACAAGUGGCGAGGUCCAGGUGUCGUCAUUGGACAGGAAAACAAGCAGAUCCUGGUGAAACAUGGCGGCGUGUACUACAGGUGUCACACAAGCGCUGUCGUGCGCGACACAAGUGAGCCGCGGGAACUGACAAAGCGAGGCCGGAUGUCAACUUCGGAUCCGGCUCCAGGGACCCAGAAGUUGGAGAAGAUCAGUAGUGCUCCGAUCCCGGAGUCUGCUGAAGACUCCGAUGAUGAUGAGCAGAACUCCAGGUCUACUUCGUGUACGGUGUCUGGGGACGCAAGACAACGCCAGUUGGUGACGGUAUCACCCACUGGCGGUCUGCAAGAUGUCGAAGGCGGCUCUGGUUCGGAACCCGGAUCGCUAGCUCAGGCUACCAGAGAGUCCAAUGCCAUGGACAGUGAUGGUGGCUCUGGUCCGGAACCCAGUUCGCCAGCUCAUGCCACCGGAGAUUCCAGUGUCGUGGUCGGUGGUGGCGUCGUCGUUCGUGACAAACCCUCGAUACCUCGCGCUAAGUCGCGCAUUACCUAUGUUCUUCGUGAUUCCUCUGAUUGGAAGAGUGCCACAGUCCUGAGUCGUGCUGGGAAAGCCAAAGGGAAGUACAAAUCCUUUUUGAAUGUUCUUGACGAUGGUGAUGAAGUUGGCAAAUGUGUAGACUGGCGGGAUGUUGAUGACUGGAAGCCUUUGAAUCAAGACGUACUGGUGUGCACCUCGGAUGACAUCAUGGCGGCUAAAUUGUGUGAGUUAGAAAACUGGGAAAAGAA